GGAAAUUGGUUGUUUUAGGAAGAAGUGAAACUGCAACAAGACACAAGUUGGGCUCUUUAAAGCUGGAUGCGACUUCUUCAUCAAGGGAAAUACACAGAACAUGGAUCCUCCUGGCAGAUUGGAAAUCUACAUCCCAGCAGAGGCUGAGGUGAAAAGCAUCUCUCUGUGGAGCUUACCAAACUCAGUACUGAGAAGAAUGGGCCUCUCCCUGUCUGACUCUAAGGAGGCAGGCUCUCCAGAAGGCAUAUGGAUUUGUCCAGUAACAUUACGGAGGAAAGGGCAGAAACCAGUGGAAAACAUGUCCUCACUGCUGGGCAGAGAGUUUCAGGCUGCACCGGGUCCCCUCCGAAUGUCUUUUGUCUCCUCCAACCGUGCAGCUUAUGAGGUGCUGAAGGGUAUCCCCGGGAAAAAGGUCUCUGCACAGAGAUCUCACAACUCCCCGUCUCCUAUAGCUUUGGCACCAGUGAGGCACAGAAAUGCAGUUGUCAUCUAUCACGGGAACAUUUACCUGUCCAUCAGGAAACCCAAUCGAAGCCAGAGUAAACCAGAGGCACAUGACCCACAGCCGACUGCCCAGUCUUCUAUUCCUUCAACAUCAUCAUCUAAAAGCCAGAGGAAGGAGCUGCUGAAUAACAACAGGCCCAAGAAGAAACACACCACGUGUAAAGUAACACACACUGAAAACAAGAAAGAUGUUACACACAAGGUAAGGGACGUAUCCUCAUCCAAGACUGCUCGCUCUGUCCCUCAGUCCACUGGUAGUGUGCACAAAGUGGACAGCCACCGUCACACGGAUGCUAGAGGAGAGCAGGCGGCAGAGGAAGCAGCAGCUCUGGAGCCAGCUUGGUUUCAGCCUGAGGGGGAGGAGGAGCAGGAGGUGGCCAACAAGGACAAUAGUGGAUAUGAGAUGCUGAACCUGGACGGUGAAGAAGCUGUGAGCACCAGUCAGAACAGUUACAUGGACACUAAUAUGCACAUUGAGGGUGAUGAAGGGAACCAAAGCGGCACCAGGAGAGAGCCUCUGGGUGCAGCUCAUGCCUCCACAUCACUCCUGAAGGAGUUUGACUUUGAGCAGCUGGCUAAAGAAGAGAUGAUCGCUCGAAUGAAGGCCAAACUCAGACAGAACGAAGCUGCUCUCAACAACUUCCCUUCUUUAUAAUGACACAUCAGACAGACUUAACAGCAGUGAUGACGCUUUAGUUCUGCAAAAACUAAACUCUACACAGCAGCUAAGAGGCUAACUUUGGAAGAUUUGAUUAUGUCAGAUUGCUGUAAUGACCAGCAUGAACAAGAGCUAUGAUGAUGACACCUUUACCUAAGCAAUUUAGAUUUAGUGUGCAUAAAAGCCUAAACACGAACUGUAUUAUUGAACAGGACUUAUUCAACAGGACUGCAUGAAACAUUUAAACAAAAAUAACAAAGCACUAUUGCCCUUAGUUUAAGUUGUGUAACAUAUUCCUUUAAUGUUUCAACAGGGAGUCAGAACUUAUCUAAUGAUGAGGGGACUGCCUUUUGCCUUAAAGGUUAUAUUGAUUGAAAAUAUUUAAGAAGUAGUACUUUGAAUGUGUCAGUGUCACAAAAGUGCAAUGAAAGCAUCCCUCCAUCCAGAGUACGCUAACUUACCUCCAUUUCAGUCACUUGAUGUGUUGAAAGGACGCCGACAAACCAAACUGUCCUCACCUGACUGACUUAUACCACCAAAAUAAGAGUUUAGUUGUAUAACUGACGGUCCUCUUCCUUUCUUUUUCAAAGACCGUGCUAUGCAAUUAAAAGCUCUAAAAACUAUGACGUGAACAUACUGAUCCUGAGGUCAAGAAUGAAUGAUUCGUGAAUUUUCAAUAGGCUACAAGAGAAGUUUACAAGACAAGUUAUUUCCUUAAAAGCUAAUGUACAUCAUAUGUUUUUGAUAUUUGGCUCAACAAAGACUGGUUAUUAAUGUCAUGUCAUGUGCAAUCAUGUGUCAUGAAAUACUAAUGCAAGAUGUAGAUUUUAUUAGGACACUUAUGUGAAUAAAUUGCUUUGUUGAAUUAAGUCUUGUGAGCUGUAGACAGUAGAAAUGACUGUAUAGUUGUUGGAGCGAAUUUACAUCAUUAAUUUUAUGUUUUUAGCAAUGCAGCGUAUGAAUAGUGAUAUUUUUGGGUCAGUAAAUCUUUGUAUCACUCUUUUAGUCCAACACAUUCCUACAAGGCAAGAUUAUCUUAACAACUACUGGCUACAAGUCCAUUGUAUAUGUAGUGGAUAUCCAUUGUCUCCAGACCUUUCCUCUUCAAAUAAAAAGUCCAACUCCUCAAAAGUUGGCAAGGUGUUCCUUUGUUAAACGCUUUUCCUAUUUUUUCAGGUUUAUUCUUGAGUGCUGUGGACCACCACUGCUAGACAGACAGUUGCAGUGAUCUGUUGUUGCUUUGGCUUGACCUAGUCACCCUAUGAACUGUUCUA